ACUUUUCAAAAUUUCAAGUUUUAGUGCUCCAAACACGUGCAAAUAAAAAAGAAAAAAAAAACAAAAACCCAGCUUUUAAAUCUCUCUACAUAAACAAAUGUGAACUUGUACCCAAAGGGUCGUAGUUUGAGCAAGCAGCUUCAUCUUUGGAACAAUUAGCAAAGAAUCGAAGCAAACCCAGAACAGCAACACAGAUUCUGAGAAGAAAUUGAAAGAAAACAAAAAAGAUUUGAUUAAUCUUUGAUUGAAGAUUGAAACAAGAGUCAGAGUCAAACAAAAUAUGAUGAGUAGUGAAGAAUUGGUAUUACCAGCAGGAUUUAGAUUCCAUCCAACCGAUGAAGAAUUAGUGGUUCAUUAUUUAUGUCGCAAGUGUGAUUCUCAACCUAUCUCUGUUCCUAUUAUUGCUGAUAUUGAUCUUUAUAAGUUUGAUCCUUGGCAACUUCCUGGGAUGGCAUUAUAUGGUGAGAAAGAGUGGUAUUUCUUUUCUCCAAGAGAUAGGAAAUAUCCAAACGGGUCAAGACCGAACCGGGCAGCUGGAGGCGGGUAUUGGAAGGCAACCGGAGCGGAUAAAGCGAUAGGAAAACCGAAGACACUUGGUAUCAAAAAAGCUUUGGUAUUUUAUGCUGGAAAAGCUCCAAACGGUAUUAAGACUAAUUGGAUUAUGCAUGAGUAUCGCCUUGCUAAUGUUGAUCGUUCAGCUGGCAAGAGAACUAAUCUAAGGCUUGAUGAUUGGGUUUUAUGCCGUAUUUACAACAAGAAGGGGGUCAUUGAAAAAGACUACAACAAUGAUCAGAAACCCACCAAGCCCACAAUGUCCAGUUCUAUACCACAGUAUUCAGAUUUUGAGGAUCAAAAGCCUGUGAUUAUGGGUGCCCAACAGAUGGGCCACAUGGGUUUUUCAGUUCCAUCACCGAUGGCUCCAUCAAAGAAUGACCAAUUGCAUUUCGGCACAUCUGACUCGGUCCCUCAUUGUCACACUGAUACAAGUGGUUCGAACCAUGCUGCAUCACCUGACUUCAAGUGUGAUAACGAGGUUGAAAGUCAUCCUAAAUCGAACGAUUUUCCUCCUUCAUAUGGUUUCAUGGGUGCUUUCUCGAAUGAUCCGUUUGCCACACCAUCUCCAUUUCUGCAGGAUCAUAUCAUCACCAGUUUUCUGGAUAUGGUCAUGCUCUUCCGAUAAACUCAACCCAGCACCCCGGCCCCAAGGGAAGGACACGUAGUCCUAUGAGAAGUGAAGGGCACCAAGAGUUGUAGUAUGUACUGGUUUUGUAAAAUGCUGAUGAAGAAUAAUUAAGAAGGAAGCAUCCAUCCUUUGUAAAUUCAUUCUAAAGCGUCAGCAUGUUAAUAUUUAGUUCAUUCUAGGACUAUAGUAAAUUUUAGGUGGUGUAGCACAAUUUUGUAUCAAACAAAUAUUGCAAGGUAUUCAAUCAUUUAGAAAUUUGUUGCUCCAACUACAACUACAAAUGUGGACAAUGCUAUAAAGAAUAUGGGAAAAGAUGAUAUUCUAUUAACAAAA